AGUCAAGUCAAGUCAAGUCAAGUCGAUUCGAUUCGACCCAAACCGAGUCGACUCGACCCGGCCCAGCUGCCUUCUUGACUCCCUUCUCCCACGCAACUGAUCCCGAUCCCAACCAGUCCCUGCGCUACCUGGGGUUCCCAGCUUGACAACGGUUUUGCCUGGCCCUACUCGAACGCCAAUAAUUCCACCACCACCACCACCAAGAGGGGUGCCUCCAGCAAGUCACUUCGCACUACGCUACGUCUAGACUGCACUGGAUUCUGGGAUUCUACUGCUCCCGGUACGUACCUGGCCUGGCCUAUCUCCCUCACAUCGCUGCUCUGCUCGGUCUAUUUACCUCCUCUUUCCCCUCCCUUCCCUUCCUCCAAACUGCCACCCGCCAUCAUCAACGGCGGCUUGCCUCACAGGAGCCCCUGCACUGCACUGCACUGCACUGCACCUGCACCUCAACAUCCACAACCACAACCACAACCGCUACCAACCUAGGCCUUGCUUGUCCUGCGUACCCUUCCCUCCCUUCUCAGCUAAGCCCGUUGCAGCUGCGCACUUCAUGUUCAUCUAGUACCCUACAUUCAACAUUUCCCUUCCGAAUCUUUUUGUACUCUGCUGCACCGCACGCUACUACAGCCCUUGUAUCUUAUCAGUACCCUGUCCUUGCGAGUAACCCCCCCUCCCUCAUUGACGCCUGCGCUCAAGGUACCCACCUUUCAGUCCAACAUACCCUAAAUCUUUCCGAGUAGAGCCACACUUUAACACUCGUCGUCCGCCCCAUUUGCUCUUCCAGAUCACUCAAUGUCUUUUCGUAUCCUUGAUUUUACUUACUGACUGUAUUUCCAGCACGACCUUCAGUCUGUCCCCUUCCCGACCAAAUCCGAAUAUCACAAAUCACCCAUCUCUUAACCACAAUCACCACUGCAGCCAAAGAAGGUGCAUCAGUACCACGAUACAACUUGCCCAUCCAAACAGACUCUUUGCUGCACCUCUUCUGCCACGGCAUUCUGGGAAACAUUUCACAUCUGCCUUGCAGUUAUUAAACUUAUCUUGAACCGAUUGGCUCGUUCCGUUCCUAUUCCCAUCUUCGAGCACGUCACUCCUUGCUUCCAACGAGGUUACAGACGGCACUGCAGUUUCGAUCACUGGCUAGGCAUUGCCUAUAGCAGAAGGAAGAAGACAAGGUCAGUGGAUGCUUGUGAAUGAUUCAACAUGGGAACAGUGUGCUGAGAAACGCAGAGAAAAAGCAUGCAAAAGGCAUAAAUCAGACUCUACCAUCUCAAUAGUUGGUCGCAUCAACCAACGCUUCAGCAGGCAUAUACUAAUUGCCUUUCGAGAAACCAUUGAUCGAACCAUAAGGAUUACUUCGCCCUGCGGCUGGAUGUGUGCGAGGUUGGAGUCAAUUUUCCGUGACGAGCACCACCAUCACUAAGCUCCGUCUUUUCCAUGCAAUCCCCAACACCUCGUCGCGAUAAUCCAUACACCUCACUCGGCGAACGUCGAGGUAAAUCAGACCUGGCGCGCUUUUCUCUCGAUCUGAGUUGGGCCAGAGCGGCGUCCGACAGUGCUCGUUCAAGGGCAUAUCCCUCUCCGCCCAUGUCAGGAUCUCCGCCGCUUCCACCAAGACGAAACCCCGACUCCAGCGAUCGUGGUCAUGGAAGCUAUGGAUCGGUUGGGCAGGACGUCUAUCGGGGAAUGCAGACACCUCAGAUGGAGCAGCAUAUAGAACAAAGGGGUCCUCCCAUGAGGGGGUACGCGCCUGAACAGGCCUCCCCAAUACCGUAUCCAGGACCAUACAGACCAGAACAUAUUCCUGUGGCGCCUAUGCAAUACCAGCAACCUCUUCCGCAAAUAGCCCAACAGCAACCACAGCAGCAUCCACAGCAGCAACAUCAAAUGCAUGGCUACCAACCCCACCCUCAACAGAUACCUCCGCCAUUCUCAGCACCUGAAAGAGCGCCUAUGCGGGAGUCGGCUGACUUUCAGUCACCAAAGCAGCAGAGAAAGACCAAAGGUCAUGUAGCUUCGGCAUGUGUGCCAUGCAAGAGGGCUCAUCUAAGGUAUGUUGCCCAACGACCAUGUUCCCGCUGCCUGAGCAACGGGAAAGAAGAAUCCUGUAUCGAUGUACAACACAAGAAAAGGGGUCGCCCCCGAUUACGAGAUGAUCGUGAAUCUCGGUACGAGGUUGUUGGCGCUGGCUAUCCUCCAUCUGCUGACCCGUCCAUGAGACGGCCACUUUCUUUAUAUGCAUCUAGCGACCCUUCGCCAUUUGGUCAAGAUCCCCUUCAAAGAUCCGGCUCGUACAGAGUUUUGAAAUCGCAAGGAGGCCCUAUGGGUGGUGGUCCCAUGGGACCAAGAUUCCUGGAGCACGCAUCACCCGCAGAUGCCAACAUAUACGGAGCACCUAUGCCCCCUACUCCCAGAACGGUACCAUCUUAUGAGCCACCAUGCGCAUACCUCACCAUGGAAAUGCAAUUUUCCAAGACGACUCAGAGCUUUGGCGAAACGAUUGGGGUUCAGUCCAUUCAAUCGAGGCGACUUCAGGAUGUUGUGAGUGUCAACGAUCGAGAUAAAGUUGCACGAUUGCAAAGAAUCUUCGAGGACGAACGUCGAGACAGGGAGCCUAACUAUCUGCCACCCAUUUAUCUCGCCAAAUUCGAGGAAGACCACGUUAUUCAGAGUGUCGGUUUUGGCCAAGAUGAGAUUGGUAUGGUGAGAACGGAACGGCAAGAGAUGUUCACCUUUCAAGCGCCAGAUGGUCAACAAAGGACUUUCCAGGUUCGCCUCGGCUUAGCGAAAAGGGAUUCGACAUAUUUCAUCAUCCUUCUACUUGUGUUGCCAGCCACGCCUCAGACUUUCCAUCAACCUUCGUCCUCUCCGUUUUCGCGUGAGACCUAUUCAAGAGAUUCUCAAUAUGGUUAUCAGACUCCUCAGCAAGGGUACCAGCACUCCCAAGGGGCGUCGCCAUUUGGGCCAACCCCGGGAUUCGGAGAUCCUCGCGGAGACAUGAGUGCAUACCGGACGCCAGGCGCUCUUGGCCCUAGUAUUACAUCAUCCGCGAGUAUGACAGGUUUCGCUCAGCCCCAGCGGCCAGAGUAUCCUCAGGUUCCAGCUCCGUAUCAGACUCCGCGCAGCGAACUUCCACAGACUCAAGGGCAGAUGCAAUCACAGCGUCCACAUGACCUCCAGCUACCCCCGAUUCGGGAUCAACGUGGGGAAGCUUCAUCGAUGGAUCCUACGCGACGAAGGGAUGAUCGCAGUGGUCGGGUGGAUAUUGGCGGUCUGCUCGAACAACCAGGUCGACGAGGUCUUUGA